UAUUUCUGUCACGUUCGUUAUGCAUUUGGAAUAGAAAGCGUCUGUGUCAGUACAGUCGGGAGUGGGAUAGCAGUACCAAGCGUCAUCAUGUUGGUGCAAGAGCUGCUGGAGGAUAUGAGGGGAUGGUACAACGACUCCAUGGGCAAAGCAGACCCCCGGGCCUUUGAUCUCCCCCUCGCCCAGACCCCCGUGCCCAUCCUCAGCAUCCUCCUUCUGUACAUCCUGGUCGUCCUCCACGGGCCCCGGAUGAUGGAGCAGCAGAAACCGCUCAAUCUAAGAUGGCUGCUCGUCGGCUACAACUUUUCAAUGGUAGCCUUGUCUUUCUGGAUAUUCGUGAAGACACUUCAAAUGGCGAUCCGCGGUCGUUUCAGUUUGGUGUGUCAGCCUAUAGACUACACAGAUCGACCAGACGCUAUUGAGGCGCUGUAUGUAGGCUGGCUGUUUUUCUUUUCGAAGAUUAUAGAACUUAUAGAUACGGUAUUUUUCAUUUUGAGGAAGAAAAAUUCGCAGAUAACGUUUCUACACGUGUAUCAUCACACCAGCAUAGUUGUGGUCACGUGGUCAGGCAUGAAAUGGGUAUCCGGAGGGCAAAGUUUCUUGUACCCGUUGCUCAACUCUCUGGUGCACGUCGUGAUGUACCUCUACUAUGGACUGUCCGCCAUAGGGCCCUGCAUGCAGAAGUACCUCUGGUGGAAGCGCUACCUCACCAUGUUCCAGCUGACCCAGUUUGUGCUCAUGCUUGUCCACGCAGGCGUGAACUUUUUCGUGGAGUGCGACUUUCCCAAGUUGUUCGACAAGCUGCUCUUCACAUACGCUGCCUCCAUCAUGGCGCUGUUCCUCAACUUCUACUUCAGGGCAUAUAUCCAGGGCAAGCGACGAGCCCCCUCCGUCACCAGAACAAACAAAAACAAAUAACAACAAUGUCUUCAUAGCAGUCAUGAUGUCUUGGAAUGAUUGAAAAGUCAAGUGUUUUCUAGCUUGAACGUGGUAUAUUUGUAGAUUUAACAAUUGUUAAUACUAUUCCCACCAUUUUCUUUCUUUUAAUGACAGGUCGGUAUCAUAAAUGGCUAAGACUUUGUCAACCUUUGUGAAUUUGACUUAGUCUGAUACAAUAUGUCCUCUUUACCUCAACGUCCGUAGUUUGACCCAAGCGGUGAUCCAAUGUUAGAACAUAGAGCCGAAAUAAGAACGUAGUGUCGAUAUUAGACCGUAGAGCCGAUAUUGGAUCACAGUGCCGAUAUUAGACCAAAGUGCCGACAUUAGACCACAGUACCGAUAUUAGAACAUAGUGCCGAUAUUAGAACAUGGUGCCGAUAUUAGACCAUGGUGCCGUUAUUAGACCAUGGUGCCGAUAUUGACCACAGAGCCGAUAUUAGAACAUAGUGCCGAUAUAAGAACAUAGUGUCGAUAUUAGACCAUAGAGCCGAUAUUGGAUUACAGUGCCGAUAUUAGAACAUAGUGCCGAUAUUAGACCAUGGUGCCAAUAUUAGAACACAGUGCCGAUAUUAGAACACAGUGCCGAUAUUAGACCAUAGUGUCGAUAUUGGAUUACAGUGCCGAUAUUAGAACAUAGUGCCGAUAUUAGAACAUAGUGCCGUUAUUAGAACAUAGUGCCGAUAUUAGACCAUAGUGUCGAUAUUGGAUUACAGUGCCGAUAUUAGAACAUAGUGCCUUUAUUAGAACACAAUGCCGAUAUGAGACCAUAUUGCCGAUAUUAGACCAUAGUGUCGAUAUUGGAUUACAGUGCCGAUAUUAGAACAUAGUGCCUUUAUUAGAACACAAUGCCGAUAUGAGACCAUAUUGCCGAUAUUAGAACAUAGUGUCGAUAUCAGACCAUAGAGCCUAAAAUGGAUUACAGUGCCGAUAUUAGAGCAUAGUGCCGAUAUUAGACCAUGGCCCCGAUAUUAGAACAUAGUGCCGUUAUUAGAACAUAGUGCCGAUAUAAGGAAAUAGAGCCGAUAUUUGAACAUAGUGUCGAUAUUAGACCAUAGUGCCGUUAUUAGACCAUGGUGCCGAUAUUGACCACAGAGCCGAUAUUAGAACAUAAUGCCGAUAUAAGAACAUAGCGUCGAUAUUAGACCAUAGAGCCGAUAUUGGAUUACAGUGCCGAUAUUAGAACAUAGUGCCGAUAUAAGACCAUGGUGCCAAUAUUAGAACACAGUGCCGAUAUUAGAACACAGUGCCGAUAUUAGACCAUAGUGUCGAUAUUGGAUUACAGUGCCGAUAUUAGAACAUAGUGCCGAUAUAAGAACAUAGUGCCGUUAUUAGAACAUAGUGCCGAUAUUAGACCAUAGUGUCGAUAUUGGAUUACAGUGCCGAUAUUAGAACAUAGUGCCUUUAUUAGAACACAAUGCCGAUAUGAGACCAUAUUGCCGAUAUUAGAACAUAGUGUCGAUAUCAGACCAUAGAGCCUAAAAUAGAUUACAGUGCCGAUAUUAGAGCAUAGUGCCGAUAUUAGACCAUGGCCCCGAUAUUAGAACAUAGUGCCGUUAUUAGAACAUAGUGCCGAUAUAAGGAAAUAGAGCCGAUAUUUGAACAUAGUGUCGAUAUUAGACCAUAGAGCCGAUAUUGGACCACAGUGCCGACAUUGGGUUUUAGUGCCGAUAUUGGACCACAGUGCCGACAUUGGGUUAUAGUGCCGAUAUUGGACCACGGUGCCGACAUUGGGUUAUAGUGCCGAUAUUGGACCACAGUGCCGACAUUGGGUUAUAGUGCCGAUAUUGGACCACAGUGCCAAUUUGGGUUAUAGUGCCUACAUUGGACCACAGUGCCGACAUUGGGUUAUAGUGCCUAUAUUGGACCACAGUGCCGACAUUGGGUUAUAGUGCCUAUAUUGGACCACAGUGCCGACAUUGGGUUAUAGUGCCUAUAUUGGACCACGGUGCCGACAUUAGGUUAUAGUGCCUACAUUGGACCACGGUGCCGACAUUGGGUUAUAGUGCCUACAUUGGACCACAGUGCCGACAUUGGGUUAUAGUGCCUACAUUGGACCACAGUGCCGACAUUGGGUUAUAGUGCCGAUAUUGGACCACGGUGCCGACAUUUGGUUAUAGUGCCGAUAUUGGACCACAGUGCCGACAUUGGGUUAUAGUGCCGAUAUUGGACCACGGUGCCGACAUUGGGUUAUAGUGCCUACAUUGGACCACGGUGCCGACAUUGGGUUAUAGUGCCUACAUUGGACCAGAGUGCCGACAUUGGGUUAUAGUGCCGAUAUUGGACCACGGUGCCGACAUUGGGUUAUAGUGCCGAUAUUGGACCACGGUGCCGACAUUGGGUUAUAGUGCCGACAUUGGGUUAUAGUGCCUAUAUUGGACCACAGUGCCGACAUUGGGUUAUAGUGCCGACAUUGGGUUAUAGUGCCGACAUUGGGUUAUAGUGCCGACAUUGGGUUAUGGUGCCGAUAUUGGACCACGGUGCCGACAUUGGGUUAUAGUGCCGAUAUUGGACCACAGUGCCGACAUUGGGUUAUAGUGCCGACAUUGGGUUAUAGUGCCGACAUUGGGUAAUAGUGCCGACAUUGGGUUAUGGUGCCGAUAUUGGACCACGGUGCCGACAUUGGGUUAUAGUGCCGACAUUGGGUAAUAGUGCCGACAUUGGGUUAUAGUGCCGAUAUUGGACCACGGUGCCGACAUUGGGUUAUAGUGCCGAUAUUGGACCACAGUGCCGACAUUGGGUUAUAGUGCCGACAUUGGGUUAUAGUGCCGACAUUGGACCACGGUGCCGACAUGGAGUCUGUCUCGGUGUUAAACUAUAUAUCGAUGAAAAACUCGACUAUACUUGAAGUUGACCUCAGGUGUGGUUUAGCAUCAGACUGUGCGGACCAGCGCCGGGACUGUAAGCUCGUUAACAUCUGAUCGUUUACUUCGAUACGAUUCUCUCUGCGUAUAGACCCGAGGACACCUCUAUAGAAGGUCGCUGAUGUGAGCCGUGAGUGGCCGCUCAGUCAGCUUUCAAGAAGGAUACAGCUUUACUUUCUUACCGCCAUACCAACCUCGAUUCGGAAAUUUCGAUUUGAGUAAGGAAACCAGCAAAGAAGUAUUCCUCAGAUUGUACUCCCUUUUGAGUGUCAAUGCCCAGGCGCUCAGAAACGACAGGGUGUGUAAAAUGUCCACAGCAAUAUAAUGGCACGACGUUUAUAUGACAUUCGGAACUGGUCGUUUAAGUUCGUUUUCUGGACUGAAUGCUUCGGUCACUCAUACGACAAUUUAGGAUCCUCGACGUUGAUUGGCUGAUAUGAAAGUUGACCUGAUGCGGCUUUGUUGUCAGAUCAGCCAGGGAGGUAUCGCAUCGGAGUAAACAAUCUGAAUUUAAUGAAAGUACCUUCCUUGUGAUAAAAGUUCGCUUUAAAUAUAUUGGUGCCUUAGUACAAAACUGGGUAUUUUAGGAAUAUUUUGUGUCUGUCUAUUCUGUGUGAAUAUUUGACUGUGAAUUAAACUGCACGUCAAAAGCAAGCGCCUACAACUGUCGUUUACACAUGUAUAUCGUGCUACCCGUGCUCGUGGGCUUUACAAAAAUGGUGAAUGUUUGAGACCUUCAUCACUUUGGGCUUUCCUCCCACAUCAAACUGACACCCCUUGAUAUAACUAGAAUACCGUUAAAAGCGGCGCUUAACCAAACUCACUCACUCACUAUUUUGUGCUUAUAUGAUACCUGAGUGAUAAUAUUCUAUUACUAUAACGGAAAGCAUGAACACAUUCAUUUAUUUCCAGGUAAAAUUUUUUAAAGGUACAAAUGCAAACUGAAUAUUCAUCUCGAUAAUGAUAUGUAAAUAUCAAACCAUCCAUCUAUUUAUUUCAAUGGAGGCUAGUCUCGAGGCCUAGCACUUGAUUAAAGUUAUUCAAAACCCAAUUUGUCUGGAUCCUCAAACUGUAUUAUGUAUAUCUAUCCAUCUGUUGAUAUUAAUCCUAAUUACCCACAGACAAUCACCAAUACCAAAGUCUAGCCCUAUCCCGAAAAUGGGAUUCUGAUCACAGAGCACAGCACCCCUUUAAAUGGGCGUCCACUAUAUGAAGGGGAAUGUACGGCGUAAACAUGUUUUAUCGUCUUUAGAAGACAACCAUUCGAUCACAUACCGGUCUUUUUAUUUUUUCACUUACUUUUGAACAUAUCGACCACCAUCUAUGGCUAUCACAAAUUGUAUGCAUGUAUAAUGGUCAGUGAUUUGAGAGUAAAAUAUAUAUCGAUCACAUGUCUAUCAAAAGUCAGUAUGAAUGUUUAUAUCAAUCUGUUGAGAGUGAACUGUAUAACCAAACAUGCAGCAUGUAUGAAUGUGUAACACCAUAAAGAGUAAAAGGUUAUUGUGUAUUAUUAUGUAUUUAUUAUGCAUUCAGUUUUGUUUAUUUGUGAAUAAAUAGAUUGCAAGUUA